UUUCGGCGCUCAGUUUCUGCUCGCGUAUCGACGAGCAAAGGCGAGGCUUUUGGUGGUGGGAUUUUUUUCUCACGUAAUGUGACAUUUGUCCGCUACGCGUAUAAAGCUACAGCGAACAAUGCAGUGGAAAUACUCUUUCGUGCAAUGUGUCUGGGCCUUACUCGCCCUGGGCUUCGUCACCGGCAGGAUUCAUAAACUGGAAAUACGGAAUGAUGGCAGGCAAUAUAUCGCUCUCAGCACUUUCGGAUUCUACAAGGGUGGCAUUCUUAACGUCAGCCUUAUGAAUUUCCAUACGGAGCCUUUUGAUGAGAAUGCUGUGUUUGGCUUCACUCUUGGCCGAACUCUUAGUGAUGCAAUGAAUCCUUACUUAGACAGUCACCAAGAGCGGUGUCUGCUGCAAGGUGCUGGAAAUUCAAGGAAUGAACAAGAGCAGAGAGACGACAGUGCAAUUGUUUAUUUCACAAUGGACUUGAAAAACUUAACAUUAAGAGUAAACUGUAGUCGCAAUUUGCGCUCUAUACACAUCUACAAGAAUUCUAGCAUCAUACCUGAUUUUAGACCCAAGAGGAAUUCUUUACCGGCUACAUUAAGCGACAACGCCCUAAUCCCACGCAGGAAGAGGAAUGCUGCUCUCCAAAAGGUCAGAAGGUCAAUCGAGCCUGUGGAGCAUGUGGAGCAAAUUUCACAUAUGGAUAAAACUGUGUGCUCACAUCUCAAACUUCCCAUGACUGUGGAAACAAUAAAAAACAAGAAAUAUUACAACGUCAGUUUCGUGAUGCACGUGGAGAACGAGGAAGAAGAGGGUCUCUAUAAUCUCUACUUCCAUAGCUGUCCCAAUUACAAGGAUUACUCCCAGGUCGCCAUGGAUUUCACGGUGCACAUCGUAGAAAACAACAACGGAAACUACCUCAGCGCCGGGGAAAUGCCACUUCCGACUCUCUAUUUUAUGAUGGCUUUUAUUUUUUUUCUUUCUGGAUGCUUUUGGGUCUUCAUUCUGAAGAAUAGCAAGCAUCCGGUAUUCAAGAUCCACACCUUGAUGGUCGUACUGGUUUAUCUGAAGUCGCUCUCGCUUCUAUUUCAUGGAAUCAACUAUCACUUUAUUCAAGUGAAGGGUGAGCAGGUAGAAGCCUGGGCUGUACUCUACUACAUCACCCACCUGUUGAAAGGAGCUGUACUCUUCAUCACAAUCGUUCUCGUCGGCACGGGAUGGACGUUUAUCAAGCAUAUACUCAACGAUAAGGAUAAGAAACUCUUCAUGAUCGUGAUACCAUUACAGGUAUUGGCAAACGUAGCUGAAAUAAUAAUUGAGGAAAGCGAAGAGGGUGACAUUGAGCACAAGACGUGGCGCGACGUCUUUAUCCUUGUGGAUCUGCUCUGCUGUGGCGCCAUACUCUUUCCCGUUGUGUGGAGCAUCAGACAUCUUCAGGAGGCUGGUCACACCGAUGGCAAAGCUGCUGUUAACUUGAGGAAGCUCAAACUCUUCAGGCACUUUUAUAUAAUGAUUUUCUGCUACAUUUAUUUCACGCGGAUCAUCGUUUAUCUUCUGAAGAUCACUGUACCAUUCCAAUACGAGUGGCUGGAUGAAAUGUUCCGCGAGAUGGCGACAUAUGUAUUCUUCGUGUUGACUGGUUACAAAUUCCGACCGGCAUCCGCGAAUCCCUACUUUACUCUAACAACCGAGGAACUCAGCCAGGAUGAUGAUGACGAGAUGGACGUUGUUCUCUUUUCUAGCGCUUCCGGCGUCAAUGGAGCCACCGAAGGGCUGACCAAGGUAAGCAAAGCUACCAAAGUUAUAAGGCCGAUGACUUCUGAGGUCCCCGCUACCCAAGAGGAGAGAGAUAAUCUUCUGACCAAGACCGAAUCCUCUCACGAGUACGACUGAGGGACUACGAUGAUCCACUACUAGAAAAGUAGGAUGCGUUAUGUGAUAGUGCGCGAGUGUGCUGUGCUCUCAAUUGGACAGUUUGAAAUUCCAGCAAUUUCGAAUUUCAAGAAUGUGCGUGAGAGAAUGUUAUGAGCGUGCGCAAAAGAAGGUCCAAGCGACUCGGUAUGACUGAUAUUCAGAUAUUAUGAGAGAAUCUAAGUGGAACCCAAUGAAAAUCAAUGAGAGGUCACGUUUAAUGUAAUUCCGAGACUGUAUAACAGAUCGUCAUUCACUUUUCUAACUUUUAUUAUGUUAAGAUCCGAAGUCCGUAAUUACAGAAGAUCAUAGGUUAGCUAUUGAAAAGAAAUGUAACACCCCCGGAAAUAAAAGGGACCUUUUGAAAUGAUCUCAAACUUCUAAUUCGAAUCAAUUACGUAAUCAAUCGCUUAUCCAAAUCGAGUGACGUAGACGAGGUUAUAUCUUUGAACGUUUAUUGUGGAUGAUUGAUCUUAUUUAAUCUCCCCCACGUGUUUCUACGAAUAUACUAAAUAAUAUAUCUUUGCUUGUAUCUUAUUCGUGUCACUUCGACCGCUGAUUUUUCCACGUUCCCUUAGGAUCUCAUCGAAAAUUGCGCAAAAUGCGCAGUCAGUCAAUGCUCAGUUUUUUUUUGUUUUCUAUAAGUAGCGAAAGAAAAAUUGCGAAUUCCUCGAUUACAAUGUGUGAUAGAAGCCGAAAAAACUUCAGAAAGAAAAAAAGUAUAAUCUUUUGUAGUUUCUCGCGUGUGAGAGGUAGAAUGAGAGUAAGAGAUAUAAUUGAAAUAUAAAUAUUGUAUAUCAAAAUAAUCUGACCGAAUUUAAUUUUAGAUAUCGUUGAUUGAUUCGAAACCUUUAGGAUUCUUUCGGAAGUCCGAACGGAUCUUCCGGAGCCAUUGAAAAUUAAGUGAAAACUAUCAAGAAAUAUAAAAAAAAAAAAAGUAUCACGCAUACUCACCAGCCUAUAGACAUUUAGGAAAAUACAUUUCCAUUAUUUUCUCUCUCCCCGUGACCAAAUGCUUCUCAAUGUUCCAUUUUAAUUUCUGGCAACGAAUACGAAAAGACACCCUUAACGUGGCGAUUAUGUGAUAAAUGGUACUUUAAUAUUUAUUCAUCAAGCGUUAAUCUUAAUGCAUGGAAAGAUAACGAAUAAACAGACGUUACUUUCCUUCUAUUGUUCUAUCGAUACUCUGGCUACGAGAUAACGUUGCAAUGGACUACGAAUAAUAGAAGCAAGUAUCAAAAGGCAAUCACGAUAAGGAAGAACAAGAGAGGGAAAAGAAACUAUUACAUACUCUAGAGAUAUUACAUACUAAGCUAUUACCGUUAAUUAUAGCACUAUUAUUACCAUUAUAAUUAAUAUCACUAUGUCACUACUAUACUAUCUAUUCGUGUGUAUUCUCGGCUAAUACCACGGAAAGUGGGGUUGACAAAUAAAGUGGAUAUUUUUAUGAUA